UCCCAUCCAUCUUUUCUCCACUGAUAGUGCUGAUGUGGUUUUGCAAAACGGACCGAAAGGCUGCUUCGAUCCGAUUUUCUCAUUUUGUGACUUUUACUAUUUAAAUAGUUAGCCAUGCCUUAUUAUCAAGCAUGGGAAGAGUUCUCUAGAGCGGCGGAAAAGUUGUAUUUAACAGAUCCAAUGAAGGUCAGAGUUGUUCUCAAGUAUCGACAUUGUGAUGGCAACCUUUGCAUGAAAGUUACCGAUGAUGCAGUGUGUUUGCAGUAUAAGACGGACCAGGCUCAAGACGUGAAGAAGAUAGAGAAAUUACAUGGCAAGUUAAUGAGAUUCAUGGUGUCUAAGGAAUCUCGUAGCGUUGCCAUGGAGACAGACUGACACCUCUGUCGUGUUGAUGAACUCUGAACCUGGACAGUGGUGUGCCCUUCGCACACAAGUGAGGAUGAGGAAGGAGCAUAGGAAAACCUCUGGAAGAUCAUGACAAUGAUGAAGAUGGUGUGUGAAGGUUGGGGAGGGGUGGAAGGGAGGGGGAGCAAAUUAUAUGAAAAAGUGAAUGGAAAGCAAGAUUGAAAUGAUCUGCUUGUGCUUCCUGUAGAAGGCUAGUUAUUUAUUUUAAAGACAGACUAAAACUGAAUGGGAUGACAGUUUGUUUAUUGAUGAUGCAGGGUUUUCUUUUGCUGUUUUGGUCUUUUUUUAUUAUUUGUCAAGGAGAAAUAUUCAUCAUGGUCAUUUCCUAAGAACACAAAUGAAGCAGGAUCUUCUGAAUUUCUCUCCAAAACAUUUUCCCAGUUGAGCCUUAAUUCUGUUUAAACCAAUUAUCCAGAUGGACAUAAUGUGUUCAAUAAAUGUUUAU